AUGGCAAACUCUUCUUGCUCACAUUGGUGGCAUUGCCCUUUCUACUUUUGCAUGUCUGUGGUUCUUGCGUUUCUGGCAGUCACAACAAACCUGCACGAAGACGCCAAAAGCAAUUCAACCCCAUCAAUCCAAGCCACCAGAAGAGGGCUUUCAUUGAAUGCUUCCAAAGCUCUAAGAGCUCAUGGUUUCAAUGUCAUGGCCACCCUUCUCCAAAUCUCCCCUGAGCUCUUUCUUUCAUCCUCUGAAUCGACCAUUUUUGCAAUCCAAGAUUCCUCCAUUUCCAAUAUUUCAGGACAUCUACCUCCUUGGGCAAUGAAGCAACUCCUUAAAUACCACACGUCUCCUGUCAAACUUCCCAUGCAAGAAUUAUUCAAGAAACCAGAAGGCAGUUGCUUGAGUACCCUACUUCAUGAUAAGAUCAUCAAGAUUACCAAGAAUGAUGGAGCAAAGCAUGAAAUUGAGAUCAAUAAUGUGUUGAUUUCUCACCCUGAUGUGUUUCUUGAAGGUCCCUUUUCAGUGCAUGGUGUUCUUGGAUCAUUCUCGUCGUCAGACCUUCCUGGUCAUAUUGAUCAGGAUUGGAACUUUAUUCACCCUCCCACAUGCGAGAAUUUUAAUCAGAGUCGUGGGUUCAACAGUACUAAUGAGAUGAAGAACUUUGUUCGAUGGCCAAGUAUAAUCCAGUUUCUCAGUGCUAACGGAUUUGUCCAAUUUUCGAUAGGAUUGCAGUCUGUUCUUGAUGGGAUUGUUGAAGAUUAUGCUGAUUUGAACUCUGUCACCAUCUUUGCUCCACCAUACUUCACGUUCAUAGCAAUGCCUGCGCCAUUGCUUGGUAGAGUAGUGAGGUUACAUGUUUUGCCGCAGAGGUUUACAUACAGAGAAUUGGCCUUAUUACCUGAUAAAUCACCUCUCAAAACCCUGUUAUCUGAUGAAAAUCUUGAAGUUACUAUCAGCGUUUCUAAAAGAUCACUGGCAAUUGAUGGGGUAGAGAUCACAGAAGCUGACAUUUUCUCAUCCAGGGAAGCUGUGAUCCACGGAAUCUCCAGAGCUCUUAGUGUGGAGAAGAUUUCUGGUACAUCAAGAUAGCCUGUGGGGAGAUUUUCCAAGAUUAUAGCAUUCUGCAAUAUGGUUCAGUUGUUGAACUUUUGCUUUUGCAGAAUGAU